UUAUGUUUAUUAUUGAAUUGAAGUGCAUUUGUCGAUAUUUAUGUUAGUUAUUCGGCACAUUAUUUUUCUUGCAUCUACUAGCGGUGACAGUUUUUGAGUGACAGGCAAAAAAGAAAAAAUACUAUGGUAAUUUUUGUAAGGUUUUACCUACCAGAGCGGUAUAUUUUCCGUUUUCUGUUUGCCGCCAUCCGCUAGGUGACGCAGUUGGUACUCGUUGCAUUCCAGGUGAGUUUGAUUAGCUCGAGCUGUUGACAUGGCAACGAAAUACAACCUGAACGAGUGGCAGAACUAACGAGAAAAGUUACUUCACUGUGUAUUUAUUAUAAAUUAUUAAUCAUUUUAUGAACUAUUUAGCUUUGUUUUAUUAAUUAUUUAGCUUUGUUGGUUAGUUCACCGCUCGAAAGAUGAAAAAACGAGUUGAAAAAUCCUCCAAGGAGAAAGUGGACAAGGUGGAUUCUGUGACUGACGAAGAACCGCCUAAAACUGCAGAUGAUUACCAGUGUUCAGGAAAUCUGGAGCUGGACUUCACAGAGCUGUGUAAACUCAUGGCUGUGAAAGAGAUCCCUUCUGUGAAGAUAAAGCGGUCAGCAUCUACAAAUGGAGGAGUUAUGGACAAUCAAUUUCAGACAUCAUUAGAAAGUCAGAUGACAACAUGGUCCUCUAAGCCUUGCCUCCAGAUAGAGCUAGAUAACGAAGACCACGGCAGUGUCAAGGAAGUCAAAAUAUCUGGAUGGAAGGUGGAUGAGGUGCUGCUUCAGGUGUUGAGCAGGCUAUUGCCGUCCCUCAGUAACUUACAGUGCUUACACAUGUGGCGUAUGGGCUUGACGGAUCACACUUUCAACUCUAUGAGAAACACAGUUUCUCUGUGUUCAAAUCUCAGGAAGGUGGUUUUAGAGGGCAAUCCACUCCCUGAGCAGAGUUACCAUUUACUCAUAGGGGAAGACAGCAUGUUGACAGAUUUAUCACUACGUAAUAAUCAUAUAGGAGAGGAAGGAGCCCGUCUGAUUGGCUCGGCUCUGUCUACAGUACACUCUGCCAACAAAAACCUCCUGUCACUCAACCUAGCCUUUAAUAGUUUUGGUGAUGCGGGUGCAAUUCACAUUGCUCAGGGUCUGCGUCUCAACCGUUCCUUGCUGUGUCUGUCGUUAUCCUACAAUCAAAUAGGGGAUAAUGGAGCAGCUCAUCUGGCUGAGGUGCUUGGGCCCUUUGCUUUGUCACAUGAGGAGAUAGUUGAGAGGAGGAAGCUGCUAAUUAAAGGUGAAGAAUCAACAAUGGUCCAGCCAUCUCUGGUUAGUCUUGCAGACUCACAUGAGCGGCCCGUCUCUGUCCGCAGCAGCUCUUCGCUGGAUCGUCUCAGCAAGAGUACAAAGAACUCCACCAAAAAGAAGGAAAACCCUAAAAAAGAGGAAAAACCAGCGGCAGGUCAGGCAGCAAAGAAAGAGGAGCCAAAGGUGGCCAAGAAAGAUAAUAAAGUUCCCCGUAGUCAGGCUGGAAAAUCAGCAGGCAAAGACAAUAAUCUCGUAGUAUCUGAACAAGAGAGAGUGGAGGUGGUUGAAACAGUGAAUCCUCUAUUGGAUCCUGGAAUUGUGCACACUGGAGGGAAAGUCAUUAAUCCAGGAAACACAUGCCUUACUUCUCUGAAUCUUUCAGGAAAUAAAUUGACUGAGCAGUCACUCAAGGCAUUCCUCUCAUCUCUGGAAGGCCAGGGUGAAGGUGGUCUUCUGCGUCUUUCUCUCAACAGGAAUCAGUUUCCCUCAGAUUGUGACACCUACCUGAAGAUACAGGAAAUGAUGUCUCUCAGGGACCCUCUAAAGAAAAACUGCUCUGGUCGGGUGGAGGAUGAACACAGUGAACCCAAGACCACUAGUGAAGCCUAACAAAUGACAAGAAGGGAUUAAUAUAUGCAAUUACUGCCACAACUCAACCAUAUUAAUAUUUCAUGCUUUCAUAAUUUGUUAAACUUUUUUUUAUCUUUGCUGUGUUGUAUUUUUACAUUUUCACUGAAAUUAUACAUGGAGCAAAAUGAGGUCUAAAUAAAGGUUCAAAAAUUAGUUUUGAUUUGUUUAACA